CGGUUCGUUCUGUCACGAACUUGGAAACACAAGGAAAAGGACUCAAAUGCACGACCCGGGAGACAGAGGUAAAGUAUAAGUAAUAUACUUUAUUUCCAAGAUAUGUAUACAAAAAAUUAUCGACACUCUUAACGAGGUGACAAGAAAAUCGCUUACUACAUGAGGAACAAAAUGUACAAAGAGUUUCAGGAGCAUGAAUCAGGCUUGAGACAAGAUAUGAAAUCGCUGGUAAGCAGACUACUGGCAUGGAGACAGGACAAGACAAACUGACACAAGACAAAGGAAGGCUGGGGAAUUUAAACAAAAGGUAAUUGGCACAGGUGGAAACAAUCAGGGGCGGGGGUGACGCUGAUGAGAGCGGGAGACACACACAAGGAUAGGGAGUGAAGGGACCUGGAAUGAAAUGCAAAAGGUGAGUACCAAAAUAAGACAGGAAGUGGGAGACAAGACAAAAAAUGAUUAAACAUAAAACAUGACUGAACUCAACACUUUUGACGGGACACAACAGUGUGUUAAUCCAUCUAUCCAUCAAUCUGCCUGCAUGAACCUGCUAAAUGAUAAGCUGUUAAAGGUUACUGCAUAGAUGUCCGAAGGGUCAUCAACAGACACAAUUUAUCAACUCGUCAGUUGUAUUCCUGGAGUUCUAUUGUCUGCUGAUGAUGUACCAAGAAUAUAUAUGAGAUUACAUUUUUGGCACAGUGCUGGAAUAAUUCAUGCUUCAGUAGUAGAUGAAUAUCUAAUUUGUGACAGAUUGGGAAUGAUGAAAUUAACUCAAGGUUCUUAGAAGGAAAAAGUACAGCUCUCACAUAGCAAAUCUAUAAUUUGUAUUUAUGGGUAAGAGAUUCAUUCUUUUUUUUCAAAUUGUGAUUUAUGACUUCAGUGACCCCUGGUGUCCCUCAUGUUACUGUAGUUGUCAAGAGGACUUUACCAGUAAAAACACUGGAUGCAUGAAUAUAUACAAUGCAAUACCAUGAUACUUCAUUAUCGUUUCAAGACAGAAUUUUCUUGCAUCACAGCUGCGCGAUGUGCAACACCAACAAGGAAUAAGACAGUAUGUUCAAGACCCUUUAAAAUGUAUUAGAUCUUGGAUUUAACUCAGUAUUUAACUCGCUGGACACUGUAUUUCCGUUUUGAUGUGAACAAUUCACAUUAGCUGUUCAGGACAUGGUUAGUGGCAGAGGCAGUGUGUUUUUGCAUUUCUGGUUGACUCAUAGUUUUUUGGGGAAAAUAAACUACAGAAAGGAGUUAAGAUAAAAGUAGUGCAUGAGGGCAUCUCCUACUGAAACAGAUAGUUGUGCUAGUGAGAGAGAGUUUAGGAUUGAUCUCUCCCGCAGAUGUCCAAGGCAAAUUUCAUGGAGUCUGUCCAGAGGUGAUAAAUCUAGAAGCAGAGCCCAUGUUUCCGCUUCCAUUAAAGCUGUUUGGGUCAACACGUGGUCCUGUCUAUUUUUGACCUAGUCUCUUCUCUACCAGUGUGCCAGAAGGAGAGUACUACACUGUUCAUUCUCACUUUCACAGGAACUACCUGUACAUGGUUAUGUCUGAUGAACGAAUGCACGAUUUGUGGAAUGAUUAAUGGAUUGGUCGACAGCUCUAUGGGGAGUACCAAGAGAACCAGGGAGGCUCCGGGAGACGGGAGGCCACACGCCUGCUGACUGAGAGACAGAUCAAGAAACAUGGAAACCACCCUCGCAGCCACGGCAGGACAAGACAUGGCCGACGUAUCCACGGUCAGAAUGGAUAUCACAGCAGACAUCAGCUUGGCUAUUACAGCAGGCAGAGGAGGCGUCAGUCCGCCAUGGACGCAGAGGGCGAAGAGCAGGAUCAAACUGCUGAACCCGACCCCACGUCCUCCACGAAAAAGAAACGCUCCUACUCCAAGUGUAGAGACUGCAUAGCACGGGUGCAGCGAUUCCUGGUGACCAGGUUGGGAGAAGACUGGAUCUUCCUCAUUAUGCUGGGCAUCACAAUGGCGCUGGUCAGCUGGACAAUGGACUAUGCCAGCACAAAAAGCCUGCAAGCCUAUAAAUGGAUUUAUGGGGAGCUGAAGGGGAAAAUCGCCUUGCAGUUCCUGGCCUGGGUUUCAUAUCCCCUGAUCUUCAUCCUGUUCUCCUCCCUCUUCUGUCACCUGGUCGCUCCUCAGGCUAUUGGUUCUGGCAUCCCAGAGCUGAAGACCAUCCUGAGAGGCGUGGUGCUGAAGGAAUAUCUAACUCUCAGGGCCUUUGUUGCUAAAGUCAUCGGCCUGACGGCUGCCCUGGGCAGCGGGAUGCCUGUAGGCAAAGAGGGCCCGUUUGUCCACAUCGCCAGUAUCUGUGCUGCCGUUCUCAGCAGGUUCAUGUCCUUCUUUUCAGGAGCUCAGAAUCCAUACUGUUACACAGACAUCCUGACAGUGGGCUGUGCUGUCGGGGUGGGCUGCUGCUUUGGGACUCCACUUGGAGGUGUGCUCUUUAGUAUAGAAGUAACAUCCACAUACUUUGCUGUGAGAAACUACUGGAGAGGAUACUUUGCUGCUACAUUUAGUGCCUUCAUAUUCCGAGUGUUAUCCGUGUUCAACAAAGAUGCAGUAACCAUCACUGCUCUGUUCAGGACAAACUUCCGCAUGGAUUUCCCUUUUGACCUGCAGGAGCUGCCUGCCUUCGCCAUCAUUGGGAUCUCCUGUGGGUUCUUGGGGGCGUUCUUCGUCUAUCUCAACCGACAGGUGGUGCUGUUCAUGAGGCGCCCCAACGCCAUGACACGCUUCCUCACCAAACACCGGCUGAUUUUCCCUGCUGUGGUAACACUGGUCAUCGCCACCCUGACCUUCCCACCUGGGUUUGGACAGUUCAUGGCAGGAGAGUUCUGGAUGUCUGCUGUGGCCACCGCCAUGCCCAUUCCAUCUGGGGCGUUCAUGCCUGUCUUCAUACUGGGGGCUGCAUUCGGCAGGCUGGUGGGAGAGAUCAUGGCCACGCUGUUUCCUCAUGGGAUUGUGUUCGAUGGCAUCCUUUACCGCAUCAUCCCAGGAGGGUACGCAGUCAUUGGAGCGGCAGCUUUGACCGGGGCUGUGACUCACACGGUGUCCACGGCGGUGAUCUGCUUUGAGCUGACAGGUCAGAUCUCCCACAUCCUGCCCAUGAUGGUGGCAGUAAUCCUGGCCAACAUGGUGGCCCAGGGCCUGCAGCCCUCCCUGUACGACUCCAUCAUCCAGGUCAAGAAGCUGCCGUACCUGCCGGAGCUCGGCUUUGGACACAUCAGCCAGUACAACAUCUUUGUAGAAGACAUCAUGGUGAGAAGGGUGAAGUUUAUUUCGUCUCAGUCCUCGUACAGAGAAGUCAAACAUCUGCUGGACUCCUCCUCAAUCAAUUCAAUCCCACUGGUCGACUCAAAAGACUCUAUGAUCCUAUUGGGCAGCAUUGACAGGUUGGAGCUCCUCGCUCUCUGUGAUUGGUGGUUAUCGCCAGAGAGAAGACUCCUGAUGCAGGGUCAGAGCCUACAGGAGCAGAACCAGUCCCAGGAGCACAGCUGGGAGUCCUUCGCCUAUGUAGAUGAGGAGGAGGAGGAGGAGGAAGAGGAGGACGGAGAGAAGGGCAGCCCAGUGCAGGAGGAGAGGAACGGCCCCCUGCCCCCCCCCAAGCCUCAGGAGCCGUCCUCCAACCACACUGCUCCUGUCCCUGAGAAAGGUCCUCUCCAGUCUGUGAGGAAAACACUCAGGAACCUCUUCACCUCUAAGAGCAGACAGACAGAGGGACAGUCGCAGGAGCCCUGUCCUCCUCCCCUGUCAGACCCAAUGACACCAGACGAGAUCACGGCGUGGGAAGAGGUGGAGAUGGACAAGCCGAUGGAAAUCGAUGAGAUACGAGUAGACCCCUCCCCUUUCCAGCUGGUCGAGAGAACAUCAUUACACAAGACCCACACCCUGUUCUCACUGCUGGGGCUCAGUCACGCCUAUGUGACCAGUAUUGGCAAACUGGUGGGAGUGGUAGCACUUAAAGAGCUCCAGAAGGCCAUCGAGGGCUCCACCCGCUCUGGCGUCCGGCUCCGUCCUCCGCUCGCAAGCUUCCGCAAACACAGCUCUGCCCCUAAACCUCCACCUUCUUCUUCCACUGCUCCCUCCUCUCCGACCUCCACCUCCUGUCCCUUAGCUCUCCCUGUUCCCCAGCCUCCACCCCUGUCCCCCCCUCACCAUCACAUCCACGAGGCUGAGACGGAGGUGUGGAUCGAGGGCGUGACCUUGGAGGUGGAGGAGAGCAGCAGCUACACCACGGGGAGCGGCCCCGGGGCCUGCAGCUCUCCCAGAACCAGUUGCAGCGACAACAGCAACGUCAGCCUUCCUCCAUCCACCCCUCCUCCCCCGGUCCCUCCCCCUUCCACUCCUCCUCCUUCUCCCUCUUCCACCUCCAUCCCUCCCUCCACCCUGACACCCUUACAGAGACUGCUUGAGGGGGAUGAAGACAGUGAUGAUGAGCCAAUGGUGUAGAGUAAAAAAGAGUGAUGGUCAUGUUUUUUUUAUAAUGGAAAACUCUUGUAAUGGUCUGAGUUUUGUUUCAGUUUCUUAACUUGUUGCUCUGGUCUUUGGACACUCAUUUACCUCUUUUUGUAAGUUCAUCCCUCCCUACCAAAAACUUCUCCCACCACAACCUCCUUCACCUACUCUCGAUAAGCUCUGUUUGUGUGUUUCUUUAAUACUUAACCUGCCUCACUUAUUCUUUCUCUCUCAAUGUUUUUCAUUUCUCAAGAUUCAACCAAUUUGAGUUUAUAUUCUCUGGACUGAAGUUGAUUGUUUUUUCUUAUCCAAACAAAGCCCAGAAUUCAAUAUUCUGCAGGUCUCCCUUGAAAAAGAGAUCAUUGAUCUCAAUGGGAUUUUACCUGGAUAAAUAAAGGUUUUGAAUUGAAUUGAAUAUUACAUUUUUCGAAUUACAUUUUUAAAUCGUGAUAAAGUCACUCUACAGAGGAAUACAUGUAGAAUACACUUCUAUAUGUUGCAUUUUGAUGGAUUAGACACCUCUUUUAUGCCACAGUGCUCUCCAGGUAAAACACAUGCUGCAUCUUUUAGUUUUUAUAAACACAAUAUACUCUUUAAACGGUCAUCCAAACAAGAAUACUAGCUCUCUCGUAACCUGUGUCUUUAAAACGUUUUUUAUCAGGAGCUAUUGAUUUUGAAACUGGCAGCAGACCAUCUGUAUAGCAGCAGACUUAAGGAGCUGUGCAGCCUGUGUCCAACGCCCCAAAACGACCUCCACAUUGCGUGCUGACCUUGUGGCUGCGGCCUCACAGCUCACCACGGUCAGGUUGAUGGACAGUGCAGCUAAAGGCGGCUAACGAAGGACAACCCGCUGUAUACUGGAGGUCCUGGAGAUUAUUUCCCCCUCAUGUUCCCUAACAAAGAAAACUUGGAUUCUGAUUAUAAUAUGAAUAAUGUUGCAAGAAGAAAUUCAAACAAAUAGACAGAAGCUUUUCAUUCUGAAAUCCAUCUUGCUAACAACAGUGACAUUCAUUACAGUGAAUGACAGCUGACAUUUUGUCUCAUAACAUGAACACGUUUAAUGAAGAUGAAGAGGUAUGUUGACAUAGAGAUAUUUACUAAUUACUACAUUAAUUGGCCUAAUGAAUUCCCUCAUUAGCAAUACUAUUAAAUAUAGAACUGCCAGCGUGAUUAUGAGAGCUGAUCAGGCAACCAGAGAAAUCCAAUUAGCUAUUUUAACAUUAGUGUACCAAUGAAAAGUGGUUCAACAGUUCAGGAACAAAUGGAAAAACAAAACAAUUAACCGAAAGAGGCUGAAAGCUGCGUGGAGGUUUAGAGAUGGGGUUAUAUCCUGUUGAGGUCAGCAUAAGUCAGUAAGUAUGCACUCUUUAUAUUAGAUGUUUAUGUCUAAACAGUCACAUAAUGUAAGUUGAACCAAAGUCACUAACUAAACUUCCCUCCUGCCUCUUAGUAGGCUUCUGAAAGAUGAAGCGUUCUUUUCUUAACUCCUUCUAAAUGAAAUCCUGAUGAUGAGUUUAACUUAUUUGCUUUCUCAAACUCAGUUAAAGGUGGGGUAGGUAAUUCACUUCAGAUACACUUUUUGUUGUAUUCCAUGGAAUGCUCUUAACAUCCCGAUAGCAAUGAAUACAUGAAAUGCUUUGACAAUAAAUACAUACAAAAAUGUCAUCUGUGGAAGCCGUGGCGCUGCAAAAAGCACGACCAAUCAUCUGCCUCGGCCCGCGGCAGAUAACUGGAUGGCCUACCUGCCUGUCAGACUUCCAUCUGUGCACAAACUUAUCUCGUGCCCUCAUUGGUCAUGUGCACGUCCGUGUGUGUUGGAGGAGGGGCUCUGUGAGGAAGUCUGAAGGAAGGGGCAGAUUUUUUUCGGUUGUGUACUUUCAAAUUCUAGCGCACUCGAGCUGGUUUCUCUAUUCUUACCUACCCUACCUUUAAGGCUCAUAAUCUGUCUCUAAAAAAGUAAUUUGAUCUGAAGUGACUACCUUGAACAUUUUAUUUUUGAACGUUUCUCCUUGUCUACCCUUUUUUUCAUUUAUCCCUCCAUAUCCACUUCAUAUCUCCUUAUUAUCUCCUGGAUUCAAAUUCUCAGGUACUGCCUUAAAAGUCUUUAAAACUUGCAGAUUCAACGAAAAGCUUCUUCAUGUUUUGUGUGUGUGUGUGAAUUAGAAUGUGUGUGUCCAUUUCUUAAGAAAGCUCUGUACUGGUCUAAGUGCUGAUGUCUUCUGUCUGUGGUUAUUUUGAAAUGUAUCUCUUAGCAAAGUCAAAUGCUAUCUGAAAUGUAUAACACUGUGAAAGAUGUAGCGAAAUAAAGUCUUCAUUAUA